AUAUGUUGUAAAGUGUUUAUUGAUUUGCCCAGAAGCAAAAGAUGAACAUGGCACUGAGGAUCCUUCAAUGAAAAUCUUUUGCUGUCCCUUCCCAUCAUGCACUAUAGAGAGUGAUUCGACUGAAUGGCGAACUUUGAAGCAGAACGCUGCCAUUUCAUACAGUACGUGACCUCCAGGAGGAUGUAACUAAUUGGGAUGUGGGUUGCCGUGUGGCCCACAAGGGAUCAGCAAGCAUCUGUGAGUGUCGUUUCAUCACCGUUAUCAGUCUUCCCGACGGAUCCGGAGUCGCCUUUCUGUGAACUGCUUCUGGUAAUUAGUUUAUUCACAAGGUGGCAACUGUGCCCUGGGGGUGUCGAUUCACAAGGUAGUCGAAGAAAACCUGCAUAAAGAGAACAGACCGGAACGCAUGCAAGCUACAGCGACGAUGGAGACCUAUAUAGAUGACAGAUUGUGCAAAGAGCAGGGGGCGCGUGGAGUCUCCUGUUACUAAAUCAUCAAAUGACGUCACUGGAAUUUCAAGAUGGCCUCGGAUCACGGUCAGGAUACGGGCAUCUACCGGUCUGAGUCAGGAAAGCUUUUAUGUUUUAACGGACAUGUCUGUUAAGUCACGUUAUUUGCAUACUAUUAAUAUUUACCCUGUUAAUAUGUCGGCGGACAGUCUAAAUAGGUGUCAUGGGGAAAGAAGUGCGGAGUCCGACACUGAGCUGCAGCGCUUUGGCUGUCAAUCCACAAGAGGAUUUUGAAUGAGAUGGAAAAGACUGAGGAUGAACCAGUAUAGAUAUAUUUCCUUUAAAUGAGAGCAAACUGAGAUAAAAUAUUCCUCAUUGGGUGGUUUAAAAGGGGUCUACCGUAGAGGUCAUUCGUUCUACCAUCAGGAAUUGGGCUGCGGCCGAUGGGUUAUCCACCCAGUGUGGUCCAGAAGUGCAGUGUCAUCAUCUCCGAGCAUAGUGGGCUUUCUGUAGAUUCACCUGUGAAGCUGAUGGUGGAGUCAUCUUCCUCUGGAGGCAGGGGUGCUGAGGAAGGCAGACCACCUCCCUGCAUCUCAGAUGCUACAGACAGGCAGGAGAACAUAAUUCAAGGCAUGUUCUCCCAUUCUGGUACAUCGCAGACAGAGAAAAGCCAAUCGCAGAGAAGCCAGGACCAUGAGGUGCCAGAGUCAUGUGAUAAAGUACAGCAUCAGACCAGUACCCAGCCAUGUGGCACUAAGCUCCCAAAUGGACAUGCAAGCCUCAAUGCACAUGAAGGGACUGAAUGUGACUUUCCUAAGUCAACUAAUCCUACAGGAAGCUACUUGAAUUCUACAGAAGACCAUAUGACGGCAAACGGUGAACUGUCGGCAGACUCCAAAGGCGGUGCCGUUUCUUCUGCGUCUCUGAUAAACCAGUCACACUCAGAAAUAACUCUACCACCUCAACAUGGAGCUGAGGACAGAUGUUCAAAUACCCAGGAUUCAUUGAUCAAGUCAACACAUGGUGACGAAGGAGAGCUGUGCUCGUCAGACAGUCCGUCAUCUCCAAAACACUGUCUCAGGACGUUUUCCUCUAGCUCUUUCUUCAACACUGACUCUGCUCCUCUCAGUCCAGAUGAUGAUGAGACCUUUUCCACAUCAGAUACACCUGAUGACUUAAGGUUCAUGGACGUGAGUCUGAAUUCCAGGAACACUUAUGAAAUCAGCCGUCGUCAGAGCGCCCCAGACAACAUCCCUGGAGUGUUGAGUGUUGCUGCCGCAGAUCUGACUCUCAGCCAGAAGAAACACGGCAUCUCGGAGAUCUUUAGCAGAAAUCUGUUCUCCAGAAAGCAGAGGGAGGCCCAGAGUGUACCUGGAUGGAAACUCUUUGGAAAGGUCCCGCUGAGAGAGAGUCCCCCCAAAGACUCCAAAACCAUACAGCAGGAAGGUAACCCAGGCAAUCUCACAUCUGUAUCUACACCCAAUCUCUUAAGUUCAGGGGAGUACGAGGCCAAGGUGUCUAAAUCCAGCCAGAGUCCCUCCCUGCCCGCCCAGGGCCGACGGAAGAACCUGGAAUUCGAACCGCUGUCCACUACGGCGCUCAUAUUAGAGGACCGCCCCGCGAACCUCCCUGCAAAGUCGGAGGAGGAAGCUCAGCGCCACCGUCAGGAGUAUGAUGAAAUGGUGGCAGAGGCAAAGAAGAGAGAGCUGAAGGAGGCUCAGAAGAAGAAAAAGCAGAUGAAGGAAAGAUUUAAACAGGAGGAAAGCAUCGCUAACGCAAUGGUGGUUUGGAACAACGAAAUCCUUCCCAACUGGGAGAGCAUGCGUGGCCUGAGGCGUGUGAGGGAUCUGUGGUGGCAAGGUCUUCCGCCCAACGUGAGGGGUAAAGUCUGGAGUCUGGCCAUUGGGAAUGAGCUGAACAUAACCUCAGAUUUGUACGAGAUCUUUCUCUCGCGGGCUAAGGAGCGCUGGAAGAGCUUCAGAGAGACAGGCAGUGAGAUGGAGUCGGAUGUGGACAGUGCCGACCGUGAGUCCAGUCUGGAUCUGAUCAAACUGGACAUCUCACGCACAUUUCCAUCGCUCUUCAUCUUCCAGAAGGGUGGGCCAUACCAUGAUCUCCUGCACAGCGUGUUGGGCGCUUACACCUGCUACAGACCUGAUGUGGGAUAUGUUCAGGGCAUGUCCUUCAUAGCCGCUGUGCUGAUUCUCAACCUGGAGGAGGCCGACGCUUUCAUCGCCUUCGCCAAUCUCCUCAACAAACCCUGUCAGAUGGCUUUCUUCAGAGUGGACCACGAGCUGAUGCUGAAGUACUUUGCAGCAUUUGAGGUCUUCUUUGAAGAAAACCUCCCCAGACUUUUCAGUCACUUCCAGAGUUACAACCUCACACCUGACCUGUAUCUGAUAGACUGGAUCUUCACCCUUUACACUAAGUCCCUGCCGCUCGAUGUGGCGUGUCGGGUGUGGGACGUGUUCUGCAGAGACGGGGAGGAGUUCCUGUUCCGUACGGGACUCGGAAUCCUGCGUCUCUACGAGGAAGUGCUCCUGCAGAUGGAUUUCAUCCACAUCGCUCAGUUCCUGACCAGACUGCCGGAUGACACGCCACCCGAACGCCUCUUCAGCUGCAUCGCCAACACUCAGAUGAUCAGCUGCAACAGGAAGUGGACACAGGUGUUUAAUGCCCUCAUAAAGGAUAAAGAAAUGGAAAAAAGCAGCAGUCCUUCAGUGAAAAAUUCUUGAGCUCUCACCAAUUUUAUAUUUCUUUUAUUUUACUCGAAUUAAUGAAUGCAUUAGCAGAGAGGAUUGUAUAAAACGGCGGUUUAAAGAAGUCAAAUGCAACGUAAAGAAAAAGCUAAACUUGAUUCCUUUGUAACCACGUCAGUAUUACUGAAGUUAAACUUUGUAUGAAUUAAAAAUAUAAGCCUUUCAUGAGAAAAUAUUCCACCAGCUUAGUCAUGUACUGUACCAGAUACCAGCAUCAGGCUUUUUUAAUAUUCCUCCUCGUUUAGAGGAGUCGAGUGGUGCAUUUGAACAAAUGUGCCGACAUACGCACCAUUAGCUCUUUUUGUGUGCUAAAGUUUGGUUUUGAAGGAGAUGCAUUCAGAGCCUGUUUAAAGGGAUAGGUUCACCCAAAAAUGAAAAUUCUGGUCAUUUACUCACCCUUAAUUUGUUUUUUCUUCUAUUGAAC